AUGAGUUCGCACUCUCCAGGGAAUUCCGCUCACAUAGGUUCUGUCCUAGUUGGAUGCACCGAAAAGUCACUCCCAUCAUUUGCAGGUGCUCGUAUGUUUAGCGACAGAGUGGCACAUGUUGGGAAUGUGACAUCCCACAGUGCUAUUCUCGAAAUGAACUCCACCGAACCGGACCGUAACGAAUGUCUGUUCCGCCACGUGCAGAUGUUGUUCAUCAAAUCGCUGUCCGUUGGUAAGCAAGUCGACGGUUACGAAGACGUUGAAUUUAACCAUCAAUGUUCCUGUUGUCUAUGA